AUGGCCAAACCAACCACAACCGAUAAAAAAUCACCAGCAGCAUCAAAUAAAAAAAAUAUCAAAAAUGAUAACAAUAAUAACAAAAAACCAUUCAACAAAAAAGAUAAUAACAAUAACAAAGAGCCAAUGGAAGAUAAAAAGGUAGUUCAAAAGACCAAAUUAACCAAAAGAGAAAAGAGAGAAGAAAAAUUCGAAAAGAAAGCUAAAUUCGACACCAACUUCACAUUAGUCAGAGAAUUAAAAUUAUUAUGGGUUAAAAUUAAAGAAAUUAAAUUAUCAACUGAAGAAAGAGCAGUUUUAGUCGAACAACUCACUCAAAAAUUAAAAGGAAAUGUUUUAAAUGUUGUUGUUAAACACGAUGCUUCAAGAAUCGUUCAAACUCUUUUAAAGUAUGGUGACGAAAAACAAAAAUCAAUCAUUUAUAAAGAAUUAAAAGAUCACGAAAUUGUUAUUUCAAAGAGUCAAUAUGGUAGAUUUUUAAUCCUCAAACUUUUAAAGUAUGGUAAUGAAGAACAAAGAAACUCAAUUAUCAAAGCUUACAAUGGCAAAUAUUUACAAUUACUUUCACAUAAAGAAUCUGCCUCUGUCGUCGAAUAUAUCUACUCUGAAAUCGCUUCAAAAUUACAAAAGACCCAAAUUGUCGAAGAGUUUUAUGGUCCAGAAUAUCGUUUAUUCAAAACUGAUACCCCAAGAACUUUAGAUACUAUCCUUGAAACCUCACCACAAAAAAAAGAAUCAAUCAUUACUUUCCUUUCAGCUCAAUUAACUAAAAUUUUAUCAUCAAAAGGUGAACGUUUAGUACAAUAUACCAUUGUUCAACAUUUAUUAUUAGAUUUAUUCAGACAUUCAAAACCAGAUACUUGUACUGAUAUGUCAGAAACUUUAAGUGAAAUUUUAUUACCAAUGAUACACACCAAAGAAGGUGCACAAGUUGCCUAUCAUGUAGUUUCAUAUGGUUCACCAAAAACCCGUAAAACUAUUAUUAAAACAUUAAAAGAUUUCUUUACCAAAGUUGCAUGUGAAGAAUAUGGUUAUUUAGCUUUAAUUCGUUUAUUAGAUGUUACAGAUGAUACCCAAAUGAUUAUUAAAUCAGUAUUUAGCGAAUUAAUUCCAACUUUACCAGAAACAUCAAUUACAAAACAAGGUUGUCUUUGGAUUUUACACAUUUUAACUCCAUAUUCACCACAAAAUUUCACCGAACAAACUCUUUCACUUUUAACACCAACAAUGAAAUCAUCAGUCGGUAUUGAACACAGCAUUAGCAAAAAAGAUCGUGAACAAAGAAGAAAAGAAUUAUUAAACUUUAUUUCACCAAAACUUGUCGAACUUUGUUCAAGUCACACUGAAGAUCUCCUCUCAAGUCAAUGGGGUACCAAAGUUUUAAAUGCUACACUUAAAUUUGCCGAUGGUAACAAAAUGAUCCUCAUGAAAAAAGUACUUGAAGUUUUAACCGAAGAAUUCCUUGAAGAGCAACACAUCAACGUUCAAACCUUACUUAGAAACGAUCAUAUUAAAACUACUGAUUUACCACUUCAAUUAUUAGAGAAAUUCAAUUGGAUCGAAUUAUGUUUAAAGAAUCAAAAUACUGUUUAUAUUUAUAGAGAUCUCUUAAAAUCAUUACCAAAUGAUUCAAAAGAAAAAGUUAAAGCUCAAGCUGAUUUAAAGAAAUCAAAAUCAAAAUUAGAAUCAACUAAAUUCAAAGGUAUUGAAAAUUUAUUUAAUUUAAAGGAUGAAAUCGAAUUACAAGAACACAAACAACCACAACAAGCAGAAACCACCAAAAAAACUUCAAUGGCUAAACAAAAAUCAAUUAAAAAAGUUGAAGAAUCUGAUAACGAAGGUGAUGAUUCUGAAGAAGAAAAAGUUAUUGAAGAAAAAAAACCAGUUGCUAAAAAAGUUGCCAAAACCACCACCACUAUUUCCACUAAAAAAUCUCUUACUAAAAAAUAA